AUGCCCGUCGCUCUUGCACUGUGGUCAACAACUAUCGCACCAAAUCACCGUGUCGCUUUUAUCCCCCCAGUUGAUCUUCUCAUCACCAAUGCUAGCCUUGACCUGAGGAAGCCAACAGACGCUGCUGGACGCACUUGUUUGCGUCUUGAGUAUAGCGAUGCAGUUUUAGAGGGGUCCCGGAAGGGGUUGCAGAGUCCCAGAAAAGUUCAGUCAGCUAUUCUAUGCUGUCUGACACUCGGCAAGGCUGAGCAACAUCAACUGAGGCUCGUUGUGCCAGCAGAAGAAAGCUUCUCCCUCUAUGCUCACGGACCCAAUGCAAUAUCACUGACGGGCAAUUAUAUUGAUCAGGAUGCGUUGCCCCUGCCAGAUCAAGAUCAAGUCCAGCUCGAGGCAUCUCCUCCGUCCCACAGCCCACGCCUGCAGCCACCGAAUCGGCAGCUGUAUCAAGCAGCAGAGGCCCCUCGUCUUAUUCCAAAGAAAAGAGAGCGCUCAUUUGACGACUCGGAUCAGGAGGCCCCGGUAUUGCUAAAAAAGCCCAAGAGGAAAGGUCGUGCUCCUGCCGAAGAGCCUCAAGCACAGAUCGGAGAAGAAGAGUGGCACGUGCGGGAGCAGAUGGGCAAUGUCAAAGGAAGGCGGCAGGUGAAGCCAGCAGCGCAGCCUAUCAAACAGAAGCACCACGAGCACCGUGACGGCAGUCCUGUAAAGGGUGAUGGUAAGUAUGCAGUUCACAGGGAGGUAAAGAACAGUUAA